CUUUCUAAACAAUGAACAGCUGGAUGGGCAUACAGAAUUUGGCAAAAACAAAAUACGCCUUUGGAGUAAAUUUGUUUUGUAAAUAAAUAAUUUAUAUAGAUUUUUUAAUUUAUCAACAAAAUAACAAGGCAAUGGCGGAAGAACUACAUAAUAAAGAAGAUAAUACAAUUAGCAAUAAUUCUGCUAAUAUAACAGAUCUAAAUAAUGAUUGUUUAGAGUGUAUAUUUGAGAGAAUACACGAUUUACCCAACCAAAUACAAAUUGCCAAAAGUUGCAGACGUUUUCGCAAUAUAAUAGUGGAUCUGUGGAAGCGUCAACCGGAAUAUAAAAUUUUAGCCUUUAAUGAACUGCCAACUGUGUUACCAAACUAUGAGGAUUUCGAAUAUUUCCUUAAAGCCAUGAAAUGUGAAUUUCACACUUUAAGGAUUAUAGACGAAUGUCUCAACGUUUUUCUCAAGGAAAUGGAAGAGUGUGGCAUAGAUUGUUUUACUGCCAUCGAACGUUGCGAAUUUCAGGAUGAUAUAAUGGAUUGUUAUCCCCAGGAUGAGGAUAUGAAGUUAUUAACUAAACUAGUGCCUAAUUUGAAAUAUCUUCAUAUAACCGUGCCCAUUACCGGACACUAUUUGACAAAUUUGAAAUAUUUAGAGGAACUACAUUUGUAUGAUGAGCAGACGAAGGUGUAUGAAAUGAAAGAAAAAUAUCUUAAAGAUAUUUUAUUAAAUCUAAAAUAUCUGAAAGUUUUAGAUAUGCGCACAUUUGAAGUCUCACACCUACAGCUAAUGCCGGAAAUAUCCGAAUGUUUGAAUUUGCAAGAACUGAAAUUAAAUUUGAAUUCUCUUAAGCCCGUUUUAGAGCAAGUCUUAAAACUGCCACGUCUUAAACAUCUUCAAGUACUGCUGGAUCAGGAUAUUGAUAUUUCGCGUCUACAGAAUAUUGAUACUUUCGAUUACAAAAUCUACGAGACAAAAGAAUAUUAUCAUAUAUUACGCGAAAAAGGUUCACUCUUACAGGGACUAGCCAUUGACUUUCACUUUUUACCCGUUAGCGAUACCUGGCUUACGGACUUUCAUUAUUUAAAUCCUUCAAAUCUCAAACUGUUGGCUUUGUGUAAUUAUGAUUUUAAAUCGCACGAAGAAUGUUUAUGUUGCCCCUUUAAUCGUUUAGAAAUUUUAUGUCUUCGUCAUGCCCAAAAUCUGGAGGCUUUAAUGAUUUUAGACAUAUUACAUUUAUGUCCCAAACUAAAGCAUUUGGAUAUAAGUUAUUGCCUAAAUUUGGAUGCUUCACUAUUAGAUUCACUGGCAAAAUAUUUACAAAAGGAAAAACGCUCUAAUGCCCUGUGUGUUUACUAUCGUAUGUCGGGCUUGGAGGAUGAAAUUGAGAAGAAUUUUGCCUUUUGGACUUCUCAAAAGUAUUUACAAUUGCGUAAUGAUUUUCCUCCUGGUUCUGAUGUUGGCUUAAGUUAUGUUCAGCGUGGUUUUGCUUUUUAUUUUUAAAACGAAAUACAAACAAAACAAUAUAAUAAGAUGUUUUUAUUAAAACGUAAAAA